GACUUGGCCGCAAACAAAAAAUAGUCCCGGCGCUAGUGUGUGUCGCGAGUUCAUAGAAUUUUUCUACCGUGAUAAACUUUUAGGUUGGCUUUUCGACGCAAUUAGCGUGUAAUAACGUUCGAUCAAGUUUCGUGUCGAGUGAUACUCGUGCCGAUAGUGGUCAAAAGACGUCGCUGUCAAAGAAACGUGCGAACGCGUUUGAUUGGUCGAAACAAAAAAAUCCGCGAAGACGUUGUCCGCAUGAAAUGGCACAUGAUGCGGCAGAAAUACGAUAGUGCGAGCAACGAUAGUCCCAUGUUCUAUCGCGACAUUGUUUCCAACGAAAUGUACAACUUUCGUGACAUUUGAAUCGUGAUUGUCCACGAUGCAUACGAUCGUAAUAAGUCAGAGUAAGCACAUCGACGUUACUAUAAUGCAUGACGCACAGGACACAUUCAUGCACACGUAGACGCACACUUGAAAGUGGUAGAGGUCACUAGCCUUACGCACCACGGGGUCGUGUUCUCAUUUUACCUCGGUACCGUGAAAACUUCUACCAAGCAUAUUACAUUAUUAUUUCGAUUGUAUUGUUUUCGUGACCGUUACCUAUAAUGAGAAAAUAAUACUACUCUUUGAGAUCGAAAGAAGAAAAGAGAGAGAAAGAAAGAGGAGACAACAGAGUUGAUUGACACGUCCCUGUGGCUUUAUAAACUCUUGCAGUGCGUAGUAUUUUAUGUACGUUAGAUUCAAUUUUUUCGUUUCGACGUUGUUUAUAGCUGUUUAAACUUGGCAUACGAUAUUAUUGUUUCGUUUCUACGGUACGUCGCUUCACUGUCGCACUCGAAUUGUCAAAGGCAAAUAAGUGAGGUUAUGAACGUGUGUCGGCCAAUAAUGUUAAACUUUGAUGGUGUCAUUGAGUAACUUGUGAGUCGAACAAAUAUCACGGUUUAUUCGAAAGUACAUUCGAUAUCGUUCUACAAAGUGCAUCCGUCGUUUUAUAGUGAGAACGUACAGUCGAAGGGUAAGAAUGAAGAAUACAAAUGAAUAAUGUAUUAUUUCAAGAAGAGGAACUUUUGAUUUAGACUUGUGAAGUAUGUUGAAACAUACUCGUAUGGUAACAUGAUAAUAUUAGGUUCAGAAUAUUUAGAAGAAUCUUCAAUUUGGAAAAUGUUUAUGCAUGUUAACAUAUUACAAACGUGUCUCUGAGGUAAAUCAACAUAAAAAUGGCAGAAAGUAAAAUAGAAAAUAAUGAUUUUAAGAAAACAUUGGACAUUAAAGAAACAUUAAAUGAUACAACUACAUCCACAAAUGAAAUGGAAGAUGUAGAGAAGCAAGUGGUAGAUAUUUCUAAUGAAAAUACAUCGGAAGAAAAUGAUUCCUGUGAAAAAGACUUUAAGAUAAUCGAUGCUAUUAAUGUGAAAGAGCAGAAGAAGGACACACAUCUUGAAGAUUCAAAGGAAAUUGAGAAAAAUUCACCUGAAAAUGAAAAAUAUUCUGAAAUUUUCUCUGAAGAAACAGUAACAUCAAACUCAAAACAGAGGGAAGUUGCAGACAAAUCAGAGAAACCUAAACAACUUGAUGAUGCAGUUGCAAAGGCUGAAGAUGCACAUGUUGCGAGUUGUAUUCCACAAGAGGAACAGACGCUGAAUGAACUAUUGAAAGCGGUGCACGAUAAUCAAAGUUCAAUUAGUGUUCGUGAAUCUGACACAGAGUCCAAAGAUUUGAAAAAAGAUGGUAACAGCAGUGAUGAAGAAACUAAGGAAAAUGUGGAUGAAAAAUCAAAAAAAGAGAGUAUGGCGAAGGAGAUUGUUAGCAUUGAAACAAAUGUCCCUGUGGAAGAUGAAGUUAAACAAAUGAGAUGUGGUUCAGAAACAAUGAAUUCUGUAGAGAUAAUAGAACAUAUGGAAGUUGGAAUAGUAGGGCCACCCACAACUGUUAGCGAACUCAUUAAUGAAGAACUAAGGGCAGAAUCUGCCUUAUCGACUGAUCACAAAGUUCAAGAUCACGUAGCAGAAUGGGUUCAAAAUUCUGCUAAAGCUGAAAAAUUAGUUGCAGAAGAAGAAGACGAAGAAGAGGAAACUCCUAUUCAUGAAGUUGUAAAUGAGAAGAAAAAUAUGAGGGAGAAAAGGACGAGGAAGAAGAAAAGUAACGAUAUUCUUGCUUUACCAACUAGGAAAUCUCAAAGAAUUGUUAGUAACAUCAUCAAAAGGAGCAUUAAGUGUUUGAACAAGAUGCACGCGAUGGAAGGUGUCGCUGGAAACGGGAAGAAGGUGGACUCGGCUGAGAAAACGAGGGAGGACGAUUCGUCGAGGGCUUCGCCGAAGGUGCCACAGAGCCAGCAGAACGGAGCCGCCCUGCCAGAGGAAACCGCCGCAGCGCCCGCUACGGUGGAAUGUCUCCGGUCUGCUUCGAUAAAAAAGGAACCCCUCUGCGAUUCUGAGUCGGAGGCCACGACCAAGACCACCCUCUCCUCCGUGGAAACGCAGCAGAAGUCCGUGGCCUCGCGUUGCCCGAAAUCCGAAACGGAAGGCGGCGGCGGUGGCGGCAGGAAACGAAAGUCAACGGACGGGCAGUUGUCGUCGAACGGGAAUUCCGCCCCGAAGAAGUCCUGCCUGGAGCAGAGGGAACAAUAUAUAUCGUCUCUCGUUGGCUGUGAAAAAGUUACCGCGGAAGAGCUCGCUGCGAGGGCUGAGCAACUUCGAGCCGAAGUGCAGGCCUUAGACGAGUUAGCACGUGCCAAAGAAAUGGAAUGGAAUGAAAUCCUGAGCAUGAGAAAGCUCAAAGAGGAAGCGUACCUGAGGAUCGAAAGAAGGAGGCAAGUGAUGGGAUUCAUGGAAGGCAACGGCCAGCUGGCUGACACAUUACCGCCGGCUAGCUUGGCGCUCGGACCUGAAUGGGAGAGCAGCGGUAACACGACUCCCGUAUCCAAAGAAAAAUUAAACUUCGGUUCGAAGGAGGAUCUGCCCGAGGAGAGCUCUCGCGAUUCGCCAGCUUUUAAGAAAGAAAAGACCGGGAAACAAGCAUCGCAACGGCAAUCAACCCCUCCCAAACAGACAGGAGAAAAUGGUCGGAAGCAGGCUGAAGCGCUCAGUCCAGAAAACAGACAGAUCGGCGAGGGCCGGCAGGGUGCCAUCGUCGACGUUAGGUCUAUUAUCGCUGAUUACAGGCUGAGGCACCCUGAAACAGUUCCACGCAGGGGUCGCAGAAUGAGAAAUUCGGUGAAUGUCAGCCUUGGAGCAGGUGGAGCCAUGGUGGAAACUGGGCACAGCGUUGAUUCAAGGCCAUCUAGUACAGAUUCUUGUAAAAGCAAUCCGAACAUGUCGGAUCCUAAUAAUUCCAUGAGCUUCAAGGACGUGCUUGUGCAGUUCGCCAAACUCAGCCAGCAGCAAGGUGAGCCUGUGAAAACGCCUCAAAAUUACCCGGAUGUGACGCUUCAUCCCGUCGCACCGUCCCCGGCACCGCCAAAUACUCCACCUCAGCAGAGCUGUUCAUUGCUCCAUGGAAUUCUCACGAAAUCGCAAUCUCCAAGACCUACAACUUUUUCACCUACUUUAGCUAGAUUACUCACUGCACCUGAAAGAGAAAGGAAUGCACCAACAGCCGCGUCCAUGCCACAGCAAAGCGCGGCAACCCAGCACCUUUUGCAGGCAUAUCAAGGCUCUAAUCCGGUUUCUAUCAGCGACCUUCUAUCUUCUUCCAAGGCUCGAACUGAAAUAACAAUAACACCUGUUGUCAAUACUCCGGUCCAAUCUCACUCGAACAAUUUAAUUCAUGUCGAUGAUGUUGAAGAAGAAUCAGCAGUAAUCGAAGAUAGAGAAACGCGCAUUACUUCGGGUGGAAGGGAUGCUAGAGAAGACAGAGAUAGUCCUCCACGAUGUCAAGGGUGUCGUGAACGUGCUGCACAAUUUGUAUGUGCUGGCUGCGGAAAUCAGUGGUACUGCAGCCGCGAGUGCCAGGUUGCUGCAUGGGACGAACACUCCGAAGUUUGUUCUGGCUAAAAAGACGAAUGUGUAUCAAUUUAAACCUCGUACUCGUGUUAUUGGGUUAAAUACCUAUUCAACUGAGAAUGAAUCUAGUCAAAAAGGAACGGCCAAGAAAAUAACUUGUAUUGAGUACGAUAAGAUGAAUGGAAGAACGUUAAGAGAACAGUGUAUAUUUUUAAGAAUCUUCAAUAUGUUUGAUCUGUAAAUGAAUAAGUUUUAUUUCACGAAAGGAAAGAAUCGCAAAGUAAACAGCGCAAAACAUUAACUUCUGGACAGUUUAGACGAGAAAAGAUAUCGGAGUUCGAGUUGAAACGGUCGUUGCUUUACUGUAAUCGCCGCGUUGCUUUUAUUCGUUAUCAGUACUGAACGAUCGAGAGUCUUCAUUGAGACCAAUAGAGAGAGUAUUAACCCUGCUGAAAUUAAGCAUUUAACGUGUAUCUUCCAAAGGACAAAUUGUUCGAGGGAUUUCUAAUAUAAUUCAUGUUGGAUAUAAACAUUCGCAACAACUUCAUGUAUGAGAUACUUUUUUUUUUAGAUUUUAACCAACGCGUAACGUACAAUGUACGCUAGUCGAGAAUUUUCAACUUUUUUCAAAAAAAAAGAGAAGAAAAAAGAAAAGAAAAAACAGACCAGAAAUAGCUGGUGCAUACGCUUGUAACGAGAAACAAAGCACAAAGCUAUAUCUCGCGAUGCUGUAUAUAAUUUUGUACAUGUUAGCAGGGUUGUUCAGCGUCAGAUUUUCAAAAGUUGAUUAACCGUGUGCCAUGCGUAAAGUUCGUUUCAUGGUCAGCUUCAUACAUUGAAAAAAAUCUGUUAUAGAUGACUUGAGUGUUUUUAUAAUACUGUCACUUUGUUUCGUCUCUUUUUUUUUUUUCAUUUAAUAUCGAAUAUACUAUGAUAAAACGACAUCGCAUUUGAUGACCACUAUGCGAGAUACACACGGACAUUUCAGCCUUCAUGUAUUUUUGUCGUUCAUGCAAGAGAGAAACGUAUAAUGCGUACCUAAUACCAUAUUUUAUACCACAUUUGUUACCAACGUGUAAGUUUAGAAUUAAUGAGGCGUCAGCCUUAGCAUAGGUUUAAGCUACUUUGUUCUCUUCCUCUCUUUCACAACUUGUUCGUUGGUAACAUAUCAACACGUUCUAAGUUCACAUUUUUUUUUAAUUAGCAUGUUACCCAAACGACAAUUGUCCCAGACAUAAUCUGUAGCCCAAAGUUCCUACAGGUACACGCAACAUUAUAUAUAUUUUUCCCAAUUACGAAGCAAACCAAAAUAAAAUAAAGUUUUUAAUCGUA